UCACUGGAAAAGUAUAUAUAUUAUAUUGAAAGGUUAUCCGAACAUUGCGCCCCCUUCUUGUAUGUUAAUGGAGUGGACCAGAACAGAGAAUGAAAAUAACCUUAAUAAUCAACAAAUCACAAUGUUUUAAACCUACUUCAGGAGCUUUCUGACAAUGUCAAUGAAAACUAAGAAUGUAAAAGUCUACAUUAUGUGGACGUUAUGGGUGUUGGUGGUGAUGUACUGGAGUGUAUUAUAUUGCAAGGUUUUCCUAAUAGUUUGUAUGUUAAUUGGGUCGACCAGAACAGAGAUUGAAAAUAACCUUAAAAAAACAACAAAUCACAAUGUUUUAAAGAGUCCUCUCUCCUGUCUGAACAAAUACACUAUUACCCAACACUACUGCCAAUCACAAUUCAUGUUUGCAAUGUCAUGUUUGAAUUAGAGCUUAGUUGAAGGUGAACUUACCACAGUCUUUGUUUGUUGAUCUACAGUAUGUAUAAGACUGAGGCAACAGAGUCAAGAUGGCCGACAGUCCCUCAGUCCAACCCACAGUUAUAGGAGGCAACGGUGUCAAGCAAGAUCAAGCGUCCCUCUGUGUUCAGAUGAUGACUGGGUUUCUAAAUGCCCCUCUGGCUGCAGACUCCAGGGUUUGAUCUUGCAGAUGGAAAGCGAGGUGGAGAAAAAGAUGAGAAACAUUUGUAAGGCCGCAAAGACGUAUGAAGAUGCAUCUGAGAAGUCCAUGACGACUAUGACACACAUCUACAACUCCAAUCGGAAAGUCCUAGUCAACGAAUACAUGUCGGAGCUAAAGUUCGUCGAUUACGCCGAAGGAUUGGCCAGGAAUCUCACGUUACUACGUAAACGAUCAGCCAGACUGUCGCAGCAACUCAAGGAGCUAAGCAGCAACGCUCAGGAGCAGAUUGAGGAAUUGUACAGAACAGAGGUGGACAUUGACAUUAAGUUACGAGCCUGCCAUGGUUCCUGCCGGUCAGCUGUACUAUACAGUGUCGAUCAUUCCAGCUAUGAAACGAUCCAAACUCACAGGGAUCAGGUGGACAAGACUAUGAACCAGCGAAGGAAGUCUGCUAAACCCCCUGUAAACAUCCCACAUGUCAAGCUGCAGCAUGUAGAUAUUGACAUAGCACCAUCUACCAAAUAUAAGACCAUCCCAAUGGUUCGGAAAGAACUGCUGACACAGUUUGAGGACAUCGAACAGAACCAGGUUGUUCUGGACGACAUACUUCAAGAGUCAACAGAUAUAGAGGGUCUUGAUCUUUCAGAGUUGGAAUGAUAGAUGAUGACAGUUAGCAAAGGAAAGAAGCAAGUAACACUUGUAGGGUUUUUCAUCUCAACAGCAUGGUAAAUGGUUAAUGGACUGUACUUAUAUAGCGCCUUUCUAGUCUUUUCGACCACUCAAAGCACUUUACACUACAACUCACUCACCCAUUCAUACACUGAUGGCAGGGGCAUCAGGAGAAGCUAACAAUUCAUACACAUUCAUGGCACAGCAACGGGAGCAAUUUGGGGACAAGGACACAUCAACAUGUGGACUGGAGGAGCCGGGACUCGAACCGCCAAUCUUCCAAUUGGAGGACGACCGCGCUACCUCCUGAGCCACAGCCGCCCAGCACUUUGUAACUUGAUUUUUUAAAAGACCUUUUCAAAUAAAUAUUGUUUUUCUUUCUACAGUUUGUUUAAGGGUACAUUUUUAAGUGUAGCAGAAUGUCUCUGAUGGACAUGUUGAAUGUUUGGAGCACCAUUUUUGUGCCUUAUGUAACGGCCUCAUGGCCUCUAACCUAAAUUCUGAUUGGUUGUCUGGGAUUUGGGAAGUGGCUCAUCAGGAGAGAUGGACAGCACCUGGAUUGGUGUGAAUGCUCCUUUAUAAAUAGAGCAUUUACUCCCUCUCUCCUGUUUGAGUUGCUGGGUUUGUUUGAGCUUUGGUUAUUUAUAUUCUUGUUUCAUCUUACAUUUAUACACAUUCACACACCCCCCCCAUACAUUACAAACAUUACUGAUGAACUGACAUACAUAGUUACUUUAGUUUCAUUCAAUAAAUGUAUGUUUUUUUCUAGUUUAAAGUCAUGUGUGGUCUCCAUCUUUUGUCCUACCUCCGAGCCAGGUUGUGACAC